AUGAUUUUUGAAAAAUCCACUACAAUUGCAGUUGCUUUAGCUGCUUCCUCGUUCUUAACCGGAGUUGCUGCCAAUCACAAGAACUUGUUUGAAAGUUACGCUGACUUGGCUUCUAAUGAACCUUCUGCCAAGUUCUGUGAAACCUCAGAUUUACUUCAAGUAGGAAACAUUUCCAAGUUGUGCCACAACAAAAGACAUCUUGACGCUGAUGUUGCCGCUGAAGUCAGUGCAAAGAUCUUGGGUCUUCUCGGAGUCAAGGCCGGUGCCGGUGCUGAAGUAGACAUUCUCAAGAGAGAAGAAGCAAGCGCAGACGAUAUCGCUCAAGAUCUUUACGACUUAAUUCAAAAGAGAGAAGAAGCCGUUGAUGCAGAAUCAGUUUCUGAAGUUGUUGCAAGUAUUUUAAGUCUUGUUGAAAAAGAUACUGGUGCUGAAACAAGCAUUGGUAAGAGAAACAUCUCUGCCAGUUUUGCUGCUGAAUUAGUUGCAAAGUUCCUUGGAAUCUUUGGAGUUAAAGCAGGUGCAGCUGGUGGUGUUAAGAUCGGAAAGAGAGAGGUAGAUGCUGAUGCUGCUGCUCGUGUCUCUGCAAGUUUCCUUGCUUUAUCUAAAAAAGAUACAGCAAUGAGAAAGAGAAACAUUUCAGUUAAUGCAGCAGCUGGUUUUGCCGCAAAUAUCCUUGGAAUUUUUGGUGUUUCUGCUGGAGCUUGUGCUAGUCUUUUCGUUGGUUGGGGAUUUCCAUCCUCAAGCUGUGGAGCAUCUUCCGGUUCUUCUAGUUGUAAGUCUUGCUCUAAGAAAGGUGGCAAGAGAGAUGCAAUCUUGGAUUCUGCUGCUGUAUUAGCUGGAUUGUCUACCAGAGGAGUUGAAGACCCAGAAUUAGUUAAGAAAUACUUGGUUGAAUUAUACGGAGAAACUGAAGAGUCAGCCAACGAAUUAACCAAGAGAGGUGGUAUUUCCGCUGAAGUUGCUGCUCAAUUUGCUGCCCAUAUUUUAGGCCUCCUUGGAGUUAAGGUCGGAGCUGCUGCCGGUGUCAAGGUUGGAAAGAGAGAAGUAAUUGGUACUGAAGAUAUCUCCGAGGUCAUUUCUAAUAUCAUGGAACUCACUGCUAGAGCUGAUGACGAAGUUGAUGUUGAGAGAAGAAAGAUUUCUGCCAGUGCUACUGCUUCAUUCCUUGCUAACAUCUUGGGCCUCAUUGGUAUUAAAGCUGGUGCAGGCGCAGGUGUUAAAAUCGGAAAGAGAGAUAUCGAUAAUGAAGUUGUAGGUAAUGUUGCCGCUCAACUUCUUGAAUUUUCAAAGAAGCAAGCCGACGAUGUUGAAAAGAGAAACAUUGACAUAUCUGCAGCAGCUGGUGUUGCUGCCAACAUCCUUGGUAUCUUCGGUGUUUCUGCUGGAGCCUGUGCCAAUAUUUUCAUUGGUUGGGGAUUACCAUCCUCAAACUGUGGAGCCUCCUCAGGUGGUUCCUCAGGUGGUUCCUCAGGAGGAAAGGGUGGAAAAGGUGGAAAGGGUAAGUCUGGUAAUGUCUACAAGAGAGAAGUCGAUGCUGCUGCAGAUGCUGUUGCAACUGUUUUCGCUCUUGCUCAACGUGACUCCUUAGCCAUGCUUGACAGCGAAAUUGUCAAGAAGCACUUGAUGGCUCUUGGUAACGACGAAGCUUCUGCUGAUGAAUUAAUCAAGAGGGGUGGUAUUUCUGCUGAAGUUGCUGCUCAAUUUGCUGCUCAUAUUUUAGGUCUUCUUGGAAUUAAGGUAGGUGCCGCCGCUGGUGUCAAGGUUGGAAAGAGAGAAGUUGACACUGAAGUUGCUGGUGAUGUUCUUGCCAGCUUCUUAGGAUUGGUAUCUCGUGAUGAAGCUCCAGUCAAUGUCAGAGCUGGCAAGAGAUCAGCUGAAGUAUCUACAAGGGAAAUCAUUGACUCUGAGGUUGCUUCAGAAGCCAUUGCAAGCAUGUUGAGCAUUGUUGAAAAGGACGUUGGUGCUGAAGAAAUUUCCAAGAAGGACAUCAUCGUUGAUGAUGAUGUUGCUGCUAAGAUUGCUGCUACUAUUGUCAGUCUUUCUAAGGCAGAUGAAGGUUCUGAAGAAUCUGAUGUUGAAAAGAGAAACAUUUCUGCUUCCGCAGCAGCUGGUGUUGCUGCCAACAUCCUUGGAAUCUUCGGUAUUUCAGCUGGAGCUUGCGCUUCUCUCUUCGUUGGUUGGGGAUUCCCAACUUCAUCCUGUGGUCAAGCUGCAAGCAGUUGUAAGACUUGUAAGGGACACAAGAGAGAACUCACUCCAGAAGUUGGAGCUGCUGUUGUUUCAAAGAUCUUUGAACUUGUCGAAAAGGACCUUGGUGCUGAAGUUGGUUCUGACAACUUGAAGAGAGAAUUGAUGGAAUUAUAUGGUCACAAUGAAGCUGAAGCUGAAGAGUUAUCCAAGAGACACUUGUCUGCUGAAGCAGCAGCUGAAGUCAGUGCAAAGAUCUUGGGUCUUCUCGGAAUCAAGGCUGACGCCGGUGCUUCCGUACACGUUGGCAAGAGAGAUAUCUUUGCAACUGUCGGUCACGGAUUAAUGAGCCAAUUCAAGACUGUUGUUCCACAAGCUUCUUUCUCUGUUUCAGACGCUGCUUGGGUAAAGGAUGACAUCUUCAAGGUUACCAUUAACUUUGAAUCUGUUGAAUCUGCUAAGCUUUUCGACAACUUCCACGAAGAAUUAAAGACCUUGUCCAUUGAAGGUACUGGUGUAUACGAUGGUGAAGAAUUAAUCUGGGAUGGAUCCUCAAAGAGUAAGGUUGAUAACUUUGCUAGAUGGUCUUCAACUAUCUUAGUCAGAGCAACUGAAAAGAGUGGUUACCACUGUAUGCCAGAAGAUUUUGCUAUCAAAUUCGACUGGAACAAGAGACCAGGUUCCGUAUUACACAGUGUCUGGAGUGAACACUUCGAUACCGAAUACCAAUAUACCUUAUCUCAAGAUUUCCACACUGGUGAAAGGGCUGUCAACUUCCAAGACCACCAAUACACUGCUCAAACCGAAGGUCAAUUUGACAUGGAAUCUUUAAGAUACUGGGAAUCUGGUUCCACUCAAUUGGCUAACUUUUGUUGGCCUGCUCAAUGUAAGUCAAACUAA